GUGUUUAAAUUCAAUUUGACACGUUAUGUUUAGUCGUUGCCUUACUAUUUCCUGCGCUUCACAGGCAGAAUUCAGUAUAGUAAUGACAAUAGUCUGCGGACGCCGCAUUCCUAUUUAGCGCUAUUGCUCUGACAUGAGGUUUUGCCGCGAUGGAAUUUCUACUUAAUUACGCGAGCGUAACCAAGGCACAUUAACUGCUACCGAACAUUAGAAAUAACGGAAAAAUUACCCAUGAUUUCAUGUAAAUUGUGAGAAUCUGCCGAGUGUCAUUUCCUCCGAGGCUUGUCAAAGACUUUAUUGGCAAUAACGCCUUUCGCUACAAUCCUCCCACAACUGGCACAGAUUUCACGUUUAAUUUACGUCUAGUGCCUGCAUGACUUUAAACAUCCUUGCCUGUUUGUUUGUGAGGAUAAAAGAUCUUGAUUUUUGAAACACAGCGGGUCGCACAGAUUGAUCCCAGACACGUUUUUCGAGUCUUAGGUGAUGGAUGCCAAUGACAAGAAAAUCGAUAAGGUAGCUAAUGACACGUACGUUUAUUUUCCUGUUUCAAGGAAAGGUUAAGGAAUUCUGCCUUGUUUCUAUCGAGUUAUAUCGAAAUUCUAAAUGUCUAGCUAUAAAAAAAAAAAAAAAAAAAAAAAACCUGCUGGUAGUCAUUGUUACGAAUUAUUUUUAGCGCAAAGCAAGUUAGUUCCCAUUAGCGUCAUGCUUUUUCAAUAAGAUUAUCGCUCCAUUUCAGUGAUUAACGCAGCCAGAUCCCCAAAUCAAAUCCAUUUGAUUUUUUCUUCGGCGCAGCCUCUGGCUAUAAAUAGACCACUUGAGUGUACAUCGCCUCGUCCUCUUGUUCGCAAUCGGCCGUGGCACUCUACAUGGCGUAGCCGUUUCGUAGCGUAGUAACACAAGCGUUGCAGUUCCGAGAGAGUGGGCUACGGCCGCAACUGUCACAAAAUAAAAGAUGGUUAUCCAGAAAAGCUGCGGCUUCUGCGGGGACUCAGCCGCCUGCAUCACCUGCUGCAACUGCAACAAAAGCCACUACUGCUCCAAGGAUCAUCAGGAGCGACACUGGGACUGCCACAAAGAGCAGUGCCACCCUUUCCAGGAAGAAUGCGACCCUGAGCGCGGAAGAUAUUUAGUGGCUACUCGAGACCUUAAACCUGGUGAGUUUCUCUUUUCGGAGUCGCCCGUCGCCAUAGGCCCGCUUGGCAGCUGCCGCCUUUUGUGCUUGGGCUGCCACGAGUUCAUCAAGGAAGAUGAAUUGGUUCGCUGCCCCGGAUGCUGGUGGCCCCUGUGCUCCGUCGCAUGCGCGUCCAGCAAGUUCCACGUCGACGAGUGUCCUAAGCUGGCGCAGGACACCAAACACAUUGGGCAGCCACCUUGUCAGGAAGAGACAGUUCGGUAUGACAUCAUACUUUCUCUGCGCUGCCUACUUUUGAAAUUCAAUGCUGCCGACAAAUGGUCACGUGUGCAAGAUAUGGCGAGCCAUGCCCAGCAUCGCGUUGACAACAAAGACCACAGUCACAUUACUACAGUGCGCUACAUCACAGAAGUCCUGGGGGAUGAGUUUGAUGAAGAUGACGCUCACCAUGUGCAUGACGCAAUUGUGAGCAACUGCUUCGAAUGGCGGAGUCCUUCGCUAGUUCGACUUCGCGGGGUGUAUCCACUGAUGGCACGCAUGAAUCAUGCCUGCCUGCCGAAUGUUACCUUGUUUUCAGACCGAGAGGGCACAAUGUAUGUUAGAAGUGCUUCUAACAUAAAGUGCGGUGAAUCUCUUGUCAUCAAUUACGUGGGAACUAGUGUACCUUUCUGGGAACGACAGAAAUACACAAGAGAUGUUCAUUACUUCAAGUGUGACUGCAUUCGCUGCGAAGACCCUACUGAGUUGGGCCUUCAUUAUUCUUCCCCAAAGUGUGAGAACUGUCGAGACCAGUUUAUGGAGCCAAACACGUGGCUCGGCGAAACCAAGUGGGAGUGCCCGCUCUGUGGCUCCCGGGAGGAGGAAUCAGUCAUCCGCUAUCAAGCCGAUGAGUGGUUAGCCUGGUUUGAUACAAAAGACACAUUUCUUAAGAGCACCCGUUAUUCUAUCAAAAGUGUUUUGGACAAGGUAAAAGCAGCAUUUCACAACCAGCACUACGUGUGGGAGAAGGCGGCGCUUGUGGCCGUCCGGGCGCUCAAAGAAGAAACAAGCGUAGAAGGAAUUGCUCUCAUGCGCGAUCUGUGGCGGCGUCUCCUGAAGCUCUACGACGUGCUGGAGCCUGGCAUGACGCGCAGGAGAGGUGUCACGCUGUACGAGCUGGGGGUGUCGGAGGCUAACCUGACCAACGCAGAAAUGAAAGCAGGGAAGCUGACCAGCUAUUUCUACAGGCGGCAGCUGGGCGAGGCGCUGGAGCACCUGGAGGAGGCGAGCGUCAUCCUGGCCCAGGAGCCUACUAUCCGCCAAAACCUCACGCAAAAGGAAGCCGCCGAGCAGGCCGUCGUGCAGGCACACUCGCAGGAAAGAUCACGGAUGGCGGGAGAGGAGGGAGCUUGCGGAGUUUGUGGCAAAGCUGCAAAGCUCAGGUGCGGCGGAUGCAGCAACGUGCAUUACUGCUGCCGAGACCACCAGCGCAAACACUGGGCGCAGCAUCGGGAGGAGUGCAGGCCCAUAAAGCAGAUCGAAAACCCCCAGGAAGGAAGGUACCUGGUUGCCUCCCGCGACCUGGCCGCCGGUCAGCUAGUUUUGAAUGAAAGUCCCGCAGUCUGCGGCCCCACUGGCACGUGCUUCCCACUGUGUCUGGGCUGCCACUCGGCCAUCACAGACCUGGAGUCCUGUCGUUGCCCCGGAUGUUUCUGGCCCAUGUGCUCCCCUGAGUGCCACCAGAAGGACCUCCACGUGAAGGAGUGUGGCAUUCUGGCGCAGGACGUCAAGCGGAUCGGACCCCCGACCAGCUUAGACGUCACGCCACGAUAUGAUAUGAUACUAGUUCUUCGCUGUCUUCUCCUGCGCGAAGCAAAUCCAACCAUCUGGAACCGUCUUAUGACCAUGGAAAGCCACGUGGAUGCUCGCCGGGAGCAGCAGGAGCCUUACCACAUGGCAGGUGUUCGCUUCCUGACCGAGGUACUGAAAUGUGGCUUUGAUGCGGACACAGUGCACAGAGUUCGAGGCAUCAUGAUAACUAAUUGCAUCAACAUUCGGGGUCCAAAAGGGGAGCAUCUUCGCGGUAUAUACCCUAAUAUUGCUCUUCUAAAUCACUCAUGCUUACCCAACUUAACAAUAAGAUCCGACGUUAAUAAUGUACUUUAUAUCCGCACGGCUGUAGCCAUCAAGAAAGGAGAUCCGCUCGUGUUUAGCUACACGCCACCGGAGGAACCUCUUUGGGAGAGGCAAUUUGACUUCAAAAACGUUUAUUUCUUCUCUUGCAAGUGCCGCCGAUGUGGAGAUCCCACUGAGCUUGGCACUCAUUACUCCUCACCACGCUGCCCGAAGUGCCCAGACAAGUUUCUGGAACCACGGGAUGGAGUCGAUGCUCCCUGGAAGUGCCCCGAGUGCGAGGAGAAAAGGGAAAGCCAAGAAAUCAGAGACGAAGCAGAACGUCACAUCAAAGACAUGGACGAGCGAUGCAGUUCGACCAGCGAGGUGGAGAGCUUCCUGACGGGGAUCACACGCACAUUCCACGACAGCCACUAUGUGUGGGUGACAGCGGCUCAGGCGAGCUUGAGGAUGCUCAAGAACGACAGCAGUUUAGCGGCACUCAAGCUGCAGCAGGCGAUAUGGAGGCGGCUCAUGGGGAUCUAUCAGCUCUUUGAACCUGGACUCACGCGAAGGAGAGGAGUGUCGCUGUUCCAGCUGUCCAUGGUAGAAACGCGCGUGGCACAAACCCAGCGCGCCGAAGGAGAGCUGACUACUCCCGCAUACAUCGCCGCCCUUACGCGCAUCCUUCGCCAGCUCGAGUACGCCGCCAAGAUUCUCGAACUCGAGCCAAGUAACUCCACCGAGAGACACUGGAAGGCACGGGCGGGGGAGAAGGCAGCGGCGAUUUCCGAAGCGAUCGCCAUUCUGCAGCAGAACAGCGACUCGCAGCAGGACGACGCGGAGGACGUGGCUCGCCUUCACAAAGAAAACUGAUUCGCCAUUCACGAUGGUAUAUUAUUUCAGAUGAUUCUAAGGUGGCAAUCGAUGACUACGCGAGCGGGUGUGGCGUGGCUGUGUGUCAGGUCACAGCGCGGGAGUGAGCGAGGAUCCCGAGAGCACAACACGCACAAUCCUUCCUCGGCGGAGUCCAGCUGGAAACUGACGCCUCAUCGUGACUGGCAGAAGAAUGGCAAUGUGACCUUCGAGUUCCUUCAGUGGAGGCAGUAAAGCUUACACGUUACACUGUUAAGAUAAUUAAAGGAUCAUAUACGA